AUGUCAGAUGAAAUGUAUAGUCGAAUUGAUACUUUAGAGCUCAAAACUUUGAUACUUAAAACGAUUGGGCAUCAAAGAGCAGAUAAAUACUUUGAUCAGCUUACAAGAUUGUUUAGUUUGAAGAUUACCAAAUGUGAAUUUGAUAAGUUUUGUGUUGGGAUUAUUGGUAGGGAAAAUAUCUCUCUUCACAACCGCUUUAUUAGAUCUAUUUUCAAGAAUGCUUGCCUUGGAAAAGUUCCACCACCCAAAGGUGUUAAAAGCGCAGAAAGUAACCUUACUGUUAAAACUGCAAAUGGGUAUCAGAGAAAUUGUCUUCAGUCGCUUUACGGGGAUGCCUUUCCUUCUUCUCCUCGCAAGGGACGAUCACCUGUUAAUCGUGAUCGCAAGUUUAGGGACCGCCCAAGUCCUCUGGGCCCACUUGGUAAGCCCCAAAGCCUGGCAUUUGAGGAAUUGAAUUCCAGGGCCCAAGAGCAGCAAAGCGCGACAGAAUUGCUUUCACUUGGUAGCAGACCUCCAAUUGAAGUUGCUUCUGUGGAAGAGGGAGAAGAGGUUGAGCAGAUGGCUGUAAGCCCUGGUGUUCAGAGUAGAAGCCCGGUUACUGCUCCUUUUGGUAUUUCGCUGAAUCCGGGCGGAUCUCGUAAAGCUCUUUCAAAUAUAUCCAUUGGGAGUAAUUACAUUCCAGAGACCUGUCUAAACAGUGGAGAGCUACCAGACACAAGAUCAUUAAGAACUCGUUUGGAGCGGAAGUUGGAGACAGAGGGCAUCAGCGUGUCUUUGGAUUGUGUUAACCUGCUAAAUAAUGGCUUGGAUGUGUAUUUGAAGAGGUUGAUCGAACCUUGUAUGGCACUAGCUGGCUCAAGGUGUGAUAAUGAGCAGUUGAGAAGGGCAAGUGGUCACUUAAUUACUGGUCUGAAUGGAACAUUGCCUGGGAGAUAUGUACGAAGACAGACAGAAUCAGUUAGUGCAUCCAUGUUGGAUUUUCAUGUUGCAAUGGAGUCAAAUCCCCAACUACUUGGGGAGGAUUGGCCUGUGCAACUUGAAAAAAUUUCUUUGCGUGGUUUUGAAGAGUGA